AUGGGGGAGGCUGCAGAGAGAAUACAUAUAAAGAAUUGUUACGCUGAACCAUGGAAGGUCCCGUACUCGGAUAUUCGCUUGGCGAGCAAGCAGACGGAGUCAGUCGGAAUGGCGUGCAGCUAUCGAUAUGUUGCUGCCCCAUGGGACGUUGGUGGGGGAGGCAUGAUGGGCCUGAUUAAUCUGGCGGACUGUGGCAGGAAUCCUCCAGUGACUAAGAUAAAGGGACACACAGGAUCUAUACAAGACCUUGCAUUCAGCCCUUUCUAUGAGUCGAUUCUUGCCUCUGGAUCAGAGGACAUGACGAUCCGUAUUUGGGACGUCCCUAGCGAUCCGCCUCCUGGGCACGAGCUAAAGGACCCCGUGGCCAUACUGACGGGGUCUGCGAAGAAGGUCAUCGCUACAGAAUGGAAUCCUGUAGCGGAUUUUAUUCUUGCAUCGGGAUGCUUUGACGGAGCCGUUGCACUGUGGGACGUUGACUCGGCUUCCUUAGUCAGUUCAAUCCAACUGAGCGACUCAGUUCUAUCUGUUAAGUGGAGUAACUGCGGAGACACGUUGGCUACUACAAGCAAAGACAAGGCUCUUAGCAUAAUUGACCCGAGAGCAAAGAACAUUGUGGCCUCUGUCAACUGCCACGAAGGCCCGAAAGCAACAAAAUGCUGUUGGAUCGACGGGUUUGCGGGGGCUGCUGGUCACGUGCUCACUACUGGCUCUAGCAAGACAAACGUCAGGGAAUUGCAUCUCUGGGACAUCAAGAAUAUAGCCAAGCCGCUUCUUCGCCUGGAAAUCGACCGCGGUUCGCAGCCAUUAUAUCCUAUCUUCGACGAAACCCUCGGGAUGCUCUAUGUAGCAGGCAAGGGGGACGGAAACCUACGGUACUUCCAGUUCUUUGCAGGAGAACUUCGCCGCGUUGAUGAAUACCGGUCGAAUGUCCCCAUUAAGUCUUUCUGCUUCAUUCCAAAGCUAGCCGUCGACCAAAAACGAGCGGAGAUAGGGAGAAUGCUCAAGAACGAGAAUGGAAAGGUCCUUCUUCCCGUUUCAUUCAUUGUUCCCCGGAAGAACAUGGACGUGUUUCAGGCGGACCUCUACCCUCCUACUCCUGGCGUCGAUGCAGCCCUGACUGCGGCUCAGUGGCUGUCGGGGGAAAAUGGAGAGGUCAAACGCAUAGCUCACCAGCCGGGAAACAUUCCGCAGUUCAAGGGGGCUGCCAAAAGCCAAGUAACUCAAACAGGAGGAGUUCGAAGGCUUGAAUCUGUCAGGAGCGUCUCCGGGCAGGCACCGUCUGUGUUGCAAAAGACUGUAGAGAAGGCUCAAGACGAGACAAAAAGACUCGACGCUGUCAACAAGUCGCAGGAAACGCACAUUCACCAACUGGAGGCCCGUAUCAAGGAACUCGAGCCUCUAGAGGAGAAGGUGAAGCAGCAGGAGGCCAAAAUCAAAGUUCUUGAGAGACAGUUACAAGAAUCAGCAAAACAGAGUUCCAGCAACAGCUCUGGGGAGCUGGAGGAAAAGAUUAAACACCUCGAAGCCGAUAAUGUAUCCCUCCGUGCUCAGCUCGAAGACAGCGCUUCGAAAGUUGUUCAGGCUUUGAAAGAAAGUAAGGCCAAAGAUGCGGAACUGCAGAAGCUUCGUAGUCAACUGCAAGCGUCGGAAAAACAACUGACGGAACUGAGCAGCAACAUGGCAAGGGCCGAGGGCACAUUGCAUCGAGCCGCUACUUUGUCGGGAUUGGAUGAAGGUGUUCGCCAGGAGUUUAAUGAGGUAUGCGCUCUGCGCCUUUCCAGCGAGUUGCAGUAG